AUGAAGAUCCGCAUUCUCUCGGCGCUGUGUGCGGCCUUCUCCUCCGGCGAGGCAGCUACCUUGCUCGCAUCACACUACAGCGGCCAGAUCUACACCCUCGAGCUGUCGUCCUCAAACCAACUAUCAAUCGUCAAGUCCAUCAGCUCGGGCAACCGCAUGCCGGCGUGGCUCGACCUUGACUCUGCCACAAAGACGCUCUACGUUCCAGACGAAACUCAGUUCGGCCAGCCGCUGCUCAAAAGCUACUCCGUCGGUGAUGAUGGCACAGUAACUCCGAAGGGCCAGGUCCAGACGGCCGGCGGCGAGCUUCACAGCACCAUCUACGAAGGAGGAGCAGGAGGAGGAUUCGUCGCGGUGGCGCGGUAUGACGCAUCGACCAUCUCUACUUAUGCUCUGCCGGUGGGCAGCACAAAUCAGGCGCUGCAGUCGUUGACAUUCGCGAUGACCCAGCCCGGCACUAUGCCGUCUCGGCAAGACAAGCCGCAUCCCCAUUCGGUGUUUACCGACCCGACCGGCAAAUACCUUCUCUCCGCCGACCUUGGCGCCGAUCUCAUUCGCAUCUUCAGCAUCAAUGGCAAUGGUACUGUGAAAGAGUGCCCUUCUGCGCAGGCAGGUGCCGGGGAUGGGCCACGUCACGGCGCGUUCUGGACCCAGGCCAAUAGCUCAGUCUUAUUCACCGUCAACGAGCUAUCGAAUUCGGUCACGUCCUGGUCGGUGGCGUACCCUGCCUCGGGAUGUUUGACACUGUCGAGAAAACAAACCCUUUCGACGUUUCCUCCCGGGAAAGCUGCGCCGGCGGGAUCCAAGGCUGCCGAGGUGCAUGUCAAGGACAAUUUCGUCUACGCAUCCAAUAGAUACGACCGCUCCUAUGGCAGCCAGGAAGACUCCAUGGCUACAUACUCCAUCAACCCGUCCACCAGCGAAAUCAGACUUCUUGAGGCGACUAGUGCCUUUUCCUACUUCCCCCGCACAUUCGCAAUCAACAAGGCCGGAAACCUGGUUGCAAUUGGCGGGCAGACAAGUGCCAACGUCGCUGUUGUGGAGAGAAACAGCACCACGGGCAAGCUGGGGCAACUCCUCGCGACCAUUAAGGUUGGCAACCCGGGUACGGUGAACCAGGAAGAUGGCCUGAGCGCCGUCAUUUGGAACGAGUAA